AUGCCCAAGACCGCGGCCACCUUCGGGCUCGAGGUCUUCGCAGCGGGCUGCGGCUGCGCCGUCGCCGACAGCACGUUCCACCCGCUGGAGACCUUCAAGGUCCGGCAGCAAGCGUCGCCGCGGCCGCUCGUCGACAUCGCGAGGGAGGCCCGGGCCGAGGCCGGCGUGCUGCGGGGCUGGUGGCGGCCGGCCUUCGCGCCGACUUUCUGCCGCGCGUUCACGUACACGGGCUUCCGCAUCGGCGCGUACCCGUCGGCGCGCGACGCCUUCUCGGACCGCGGGCUGCCGGAUCUCUUAGUCCGCAUCGGCGCGGGCGCGUCGACGGGCUUCGUCGGCGCGCUCGUCUUCAACCCGCUCGACCUGCUGCGCGUGCGGCUCCAGCUCGCGCCGAGCCGCUACCCCACGUGGAACGUCGCCGCGGGCCUGCGCGCGAUCGCGGCCGACGGCGGCGGCGUCGCGGGCUUGUGGCGGGGCUGGCCCGUGAGCGUCGCGCGCGCGAGCCUCCUCUCGGGCUCGCAGCUCGCGACCUACGACACGGCGAAGCGGAGCUUCAAGGAGCGCCUGGGCUUCGCCGAGGGCGUCCCGCUCCACGUCUGCUGCUCGCUGCUGAGCGGCUUCGUCGCGCAGCUCGUCAUCCAGCCCGUGGACACGGUCAAGACGCUGGUGAUGGACAGCUCGAGCGCCGAGUCGUCGCCCGCGCGCUUCGCGCGCCUCGCGCGCGAACGCGGCGUGCUCGCGCUCUACCGCGGCCUGCUGCCCGCGCUCAUGCGCCAGGGGCCCGUCAUGCUCGUCCAGCUGCCCCUCACGGAGCAGAUCCGACGGGUCUUCGGGUUGGGGUAUUUUUAA